UGCAUGAUUAUCAAAUUAUUUGCGACAAUCGAGAAGGAAAGCUUGCAAUUGUAAUUUAAACGCGAUACACUUGACAAUGUUGGUGAAUAUCUUUCUUUGUUGUCUUAUUAUUCAAAGUGUAUAUGGACGCAACCCAGAAAAUGACUUAUCAAAUGAUGACUGUACAGGGUUUUGUCCUGCUAAUUGGGAUCCUGUGUGUGGAUCCGACGGGAAGACUUAUGGAAAUGCUUGUGAAUUCAACUUUGGACAGUGCAAAAACGAAGAACUUAAAUUAGCUGGUAUUGGACCAUGUCGUGUUUAGAUGAAUGGAAACAUUAUAGUGUUGGAAUCUAUUAAUAAAGAUGAAGUCUGAAGAAUGGAAGUGUAAUUUUGUUAAAAAUAAAGAUAACGUCUGCAAAUCUUUGUUGUUUUAUAAAAGUGAUAUCCUCAGUUCAACGAGAUAUUACAUUUUACUGUGUUCAUUAAUGAAAACUACUUAAACAUAAGUAUAAACAAUUCAUUUACAUGACAAUUGACAAACAAUAAACUGUACGGAUUGAAUACGAAACUUGAAAAGCCUUUUUUAGAAACUCUCUCCGUAAGCUCU